CUGGUGUACCUACGUACUUAUGAAUUGAAUUGAAUAGCAGUGGUCGAACGGGACGGUAGCAUACAAUCUGUGCAAAAAUUAAUAUAUUUACGUUGAGAGAGAAAAAAUAAAUAAAUAAAUGAAUAAGGUGCCAAGGUGUAGAAUUAACUUUAUUUUUGCCGUGUUGUGCAAAUAAGAUCAUAUCGAAUUUUUAUAACCUUUGAUUAAUAAAAAACAAUGAUCAAAGAUUAUGUAAAAUAAGAAUUAAAAAAAAUUCUUUGUCAAGUGAAUAGUGAAACAAAAGAAAAUAACAAAUUCACUUGUGAAAUUAUAACGGGUUUCUGUUUCUCAAUUCAAAACCAACUAAAACAACAAUAUUAGUGAUUUUAAUUUUUUUUGUUUUUGCUUAAAUUGAAUUAAUGCUCCGAAUUCGAAUAAAAAGCAAACGACAGCAAAUCCAAUAGGUAGCAAAACAGUUGAAAAAUAAAAAUAAAUAAAAUGCUUCAACGACGAAGCAGAACCAUAAUAACGAUGUCAGUGGAUGUGAUGUCGUCAUGGUUUUUCCUCCUCUUCGUUGUUCCCAUUGUGCUUCUAUCAACAACCACCACCUUUGUUGAAGUCAACGCAAAAAGAAAUGUGGCUCUAGAAGUGGAUACGUCACAUGCGGAAUAUGUUUUCAUAGAGAAGGCUCUCUGGAAAUACAUUGCAAGGCCUCGUAUAACUCGUGAAGCUCAGCUGAAAAAAGUCUAUGAUUCUCAUAGGAAUUUUGCUAGAGACAAUUUGCAACGGACAUUCGAUGAGAAUCGAUAUGAAAUAAUUCAACAUUCAGAAUGGAUCAUGCUGAAGUCGGAUUUGGUUUAUUUGAAUAGUAUUUUUGAGGCUUUCAGAGUGUUUCUAAAUACACAUCCCAUCAAUGGAGAAUAUAAUGAACAAGCGGCCUUGGAUUUGUGUGAUAAUGUACUGAGGAACGAUAGUACAUUCUCAAUCGAAAAGAUAUUCAAGCAAAUUGAAUUGAUUAUGGUCAAACAAGCCAUGUAUUAUCGAGCUUUAUUGGAUUCCAAUAACCAUCUUAGUGGAACUAGCCAAUCAUCUCAGCAAUUCCUCUAUUCCUUAUAUGCAGAUAUCGCCCUAACCGAAUUGAAGGGCUAUACUAUGAUGCAGUUUUCAUGGAUGAUACUACGAAUUUAUGGCAAAGGAAACUUUACUCAAGAAUCGGAUUUGAUGCGAGAAGAUUACGCCAAACGCACUGAACGAACUUUGGUUAAAUUACGUGAAGUAAUGCGCAGAGCUGAUCGUAUUGUCUGGCAAAGUGAUCCCAUUAAACAUGUUAAAGGUAAGACCUAUGAUGAAGUAACGCGUCUACUGCAGGGAUAUAUCGAAAAUGAAGUCGAUAUGAACCCUGAGGAGACUUGCAGGGAGAAUUGUGCAUUCUAUGAAGCAACAAAGAGUUAUGGCUGCUUUAAGAAUCUUUAUUGUGCCAGGCAACAGAGAUGUUCUGGAAGACUGUUGAAUUGUGAAUAUGUCGAUUCGGAUAUGUGGAUUUGUCCAGCGCCAUCUAAUAGUACUCGACGAUAUGAGUACAUUGAAUAUGAAAGUGGUCGAACUAUGGGCUUGAAGAAGGCGUGUUACAGAGGAACCACCAAGGUUGAUUCUUGGUGGCGUUAUGUUUUCUGGCAUUGCAGUUAUUGUUUCUGCAUUUGUGACGAGCAGGGAAUCAAAUCAGAUCGUUAUUUCAAUCUCCGUGAAUCUGUCUCAAACAUUGAUGAAAACAAAGUAAUAACUGGUCUGCGAUUUGUAAAACACAAGCGUGUGUUCCAUAUUCAAAUUCAAGAAGGGCAAUUGCUUCCACGUGGCAAUGUCAAUCAAUCAACCUUGAGCUGGAAGCCAGUGGAGGACUAUCAAAUAUUCGACCGCGGUGUAUCGAAUGGCUAUGAUUACCAUACUCUCGCUUGGGAUAAACGAGCUAUUGACUUGGAUGAUAUUGAAGGAGACGAUGUUAGUCAUGUUGUGACUGGAAUACGUUUGCGAGUUGUUGGAGCCCAUUUGAAUUUGGAAGCACGUCUCAGUGAAUACAAUUUCGAAAGUGGGGAGCUGGUUUCUCCAAGGACUAGCAGUUUCUGGAAGUCUAACGAUAACACAGAUGUCAGCGGUGAUAGAAGAGAGCAAAUUCAUCUGAAGAAUCCCGAUGUACCAACAAGGACUUUGGUUAAAUCAAUGCCCACAUCUCGACAUAACCAAUAUAUUGAAUUUACUCACACCAGUAAGGACAGGGAUGCAGCACAGACAACAGUGCCUUUUAUAGAUAUUCAAGAGGUUACAUCGAAUCCGCCUGUGCCAUUGUCCGGAGUGGGAUUAUACCACAAAGGUAGAAAUAAUUUCGGUGGUUUUAUAGCGCCAAAGUUGAUAACGUAUGAUUUUACAUCAUAUGUUCGGUUUCCAAAAAAUGUGACUAAUUAAACAUAAACAAACAUUGAAAUGUUAAUUUAAUUUUUAUAAUUUUUUUUUCUCUAUCUUUUUUUUUUAAUACGCUUAGUAGUAUUUUUAAUUACCUACUUUAAUAAAACUUGUAUGAAGUUUAAUUUAAACAAUCAAACAAACAAAAAUUUCAAUGAAAUAAUUCUAAUAAUUUAUACAAGAAAAUUAAAAACUGAAGUAAAAAUGUCAGAAAAUCUGGCAGCAUUGAAUUCGAGAUAUAAAUAAAGAAAUAUAAUUUAAUA